CAACUCCUUUCCACCUUUCAAAUUUGCAAAACACAAAACCCUUAAAAAAGAUUUCUCUUGCUUUCCAAAAAAUGGCAAAGAUCGAACAAGUUACCGUCAUUUCCAAAGAAAUCGUAAAACCAUCUUCACCCACUGUAAACCAUCAAAAGCCCUAUUAUUUCCCUCUUUUCAACCAACUCACCCCUUCAACUUAUGCUCCGGUCAUCUUCUUCUACCCAAACGCGGUUGAGAUCACCACUACUGACAAUAUCGUAAAAACCCUAACCCACCUUAAAAAGUCUUUGUCAGAAUCUUUAAAUCUCUACUACCCUUUUUCUGGAAGAAUAGUUGAUAACUUUUAUAUUCAUAGUUUCGACGAAGGCGUUCCUUUCUUGGUUACUAAAGUAAAAGGGAUUAGAAGAUUAGCUGAUUUCCUCAAGAACCCAGAAAUUGAAUCUUUGAAUCUUUUUCUUCCAUACAAGCCAUUCACUGAGCUUGAUAUGAGUUUACCAUUAACAGCAUAUCAAGUUAACGUGUUUCCUUGUGGAGGGAUAGUUAUAGGCAUGGUUGGAUCUCAUAAGCUUAUCGAUGGACCAACUUCUAGUGCUUUUAUCAAUUCUUGGGCUGCUUUAUCUCGUGGAAAUCAUUCUGAUAUUAUAAAACCUGAACUUACUCAGCCAUCUUUGUUUUUUCCACCAAAAAAUCCAUUUCCAGAAGAGCAUUUGUCGUUAAUGGAGAGUUUAUGGUUCACAGAAGCUAACUAUAUUACACGAAGAUUUGUUUUCGAUCAUGAAAAGAUUUCUUUGCUUAAAUCUAUGGCCAAAAGAGGAGAGCCACAGGUUAAAAUUACGCGCAUUGAAGCACUUUCUUGCUUUAUAUGGAAAUGUUGUAUGGCUGCUUCUAGGGCAGUUUCUGGUUCUCCAAGGCCCUCCAUUUUAGUAGAAGCAGUGAAUCUUAGAACAAGAACAAAUCCUCCCAUGUCAAAUGCGUCGAUUGGAGAUCUAUUUUGGUGGGCAAAUGCAGUAGCAGACCCAUCUGAUAUGAAUAAGGAGUUGCAUGAGUUAGCGAAAAUGGUAAGUGAUGCUAUUGGUGCGUAUGAUAGUGAUCAUAUGAAAAACCUACAAGGAACUGAAGGGUUUGAAACGAUGUCGGAUUACUGUGACCAGUUACAAGGGUUAUUUGAAAUGGAAAAACCAGAUAUAUUUGCUUUUACAAGUUGGUGCUAUUUCGGUUUUAAUAAGGUUGAUUUUGGAUGGGGUGAGCCUUAUUGGUUUGGUGUUUUAGGAAAAGUUGGUCCUGCGUUUCGAAACCUUACUGUGUUUGUCGAAACGAGAGAUGGUAAAGGAAUUGAAGCUUGGAUUACUUUAGAUGAUGAAAGAAUGGCCUUAUUGGAAUGUGAUUCUGAGUUUUUAGCUUUUGCUUCUCCAAAUCCAAGGAUUUCAAAUCUCUGAGUUCAUUUCUAUUUAUAUGUGUGGAAUUAAUAUUUAAGUAUGUAUUUUGCUUUAAUUAGUCUAAUUUAAUAGUACUAUUAUUACUUCAUUAGUAAUUAAAGCUAAUCAAUACUAUGUAUGUAACAAUAGUACUAUGCUAUAUAUAUGGUACUUAGUGCCUGAUAUCUUUCUGCAUUAAGGAAUAAAAUCUUAAGCAUUAAUUGCCCC